GCUCCGGAGCUGUUGGGUGGCCUAGAACCUCAGCCUCCGAAAUGGAGCCAAGAGUGUUCAACACAGGCAGCCCCUUUCCGGCGGAGGGCGACAACCUGACUGUGGACGUGGGCCUGUAUGACACAGACGUCAAUGAUGCUCCUGACCCGGGACAGCUCAAGGAAAGGAAUGAGUCAUUGUUACCAGAGACAACGCAGUUCCUGCGGAAUUUUACCACUAGCCCACAGUGGCUCAACAUGACCCCACGGGCCCGUGCCCGUCAGCUGUGGCUACUCCUGCGCACAGGUCUCCACGACAUGGUGGAAAAGGAGAAGAGAGCCGAGCUGCGCGUGGAGCGCUUGACACACGGGCUGGAGCCACUGCGCCGCCUGGACAUGGCGGCGGGGCUGCGCUCCGUAGCGCAGGACCCGCUGGGUAGACGCCUGGUGGUGCUGGACGGCGCGGGCAGCCUGCACCUACACAGAGAGGACGGCUGGGUGCGUGAGAAGCUGCCGGCCCCUGCCGAGAUCACAGGGCUGGUGGUUGUGCCAGGCCCGCUGGGUGACGUGGGCCGCUUUGUGGGCUGGGGCCCCGUGGGGCUGGCUAUACUAGGACCCGACCUCCGCCUGCUGUGGCAGAGCAAGCUGGGGGUGGGCAGGACAGGGAGCCUUGAGCCCACCUGCUGCCUGCCGGUGCCCGACUCCGGGCUUCUGGUUGUGGCCGAGGCGGGCGGCGGCCUGGAGCUCUGGAAGUUCCGCUCGGGCGGUCGCCUCCUGGUGCCGCGCGGGCCUCUCCUGCAGCCUCCGCGGAGCUUCGCGGGCGCUCUCACGCGUCUGGCCCUAGGGGGCGCGCCGCCCUGCCACCUCCCGCGCUGCUUCGCCGCCUAUGGCUCUGCGGUGCUCACCUUCGACCUGCACAGCUGGACUCUUGUAGAUGUGCGCCGAGACCUGCACAAAACCACCAUCUCGGACUUGACGUACUGCGAGGAGGUGAACGCCAUGGUGACAGCUUCCCGGGAUAGCACGGUGAAGGUGUGGGAGGCCGACUGGCAGAUCCGGACAGUGUUCGUGGGCCACACAGGUCCCGUGACGGCUCUGGCCGUGCUUCCGAACACCGCCCUGGUACUGUCGGCCUCACAGGACGGGACCCUGCGCACGUGGGACCUGCAGGCUGUGGCGCAGGUGGGCGAGGUGGCGCUGUGCAGUUGGGGCCGUGACGUGCCGUUGGGGCGUGUGACCAGCCUGCUAGCGCCUGCGAGCCCCGGCUGGCCAGUGCUGUCGCUGAGCCCGGGCAGCGUGGAGCUGUGGCGCGUGCGCGAACUCUACUCGCCGCUGGCGCAGCUGCCCGCCCCGGUGCUCCACCUGCAGGUGGCACCCGCUCUACCCGCUCAUCCUCACCCGCCGCUGCCCAUACGCCUCCUGUGUGCGUGUGCCGACGGUUCGGUCUGCCUGGUGUCGGCAAUCACCGGGCGCACAGUGAGCGCGCUGCUGCUAGGGCCGGAAGACUGUGCCGCCGCGGUGGCCUACUGUCUGCCACGCGAGGCGCUGUGGCUGCUGACGCGAACCGGGCACCUGGUGCGCGCCAACGCGGCGCGGUGCCCCAUGCGAGUCCUUCAUCGCGUGCGCCCGCCGCCGGCCCCCGCGCCGCGGCCCUGCUGCCUACACCUGUAUAGCCACCUCACUGACCCUGGGGGCGCGCGCGACUCCUGGGAGGUCGUGCGCGAGCACGGGGGCGAGCUGCACCGCAGCGACACGGCUUGGGCCCUGAAGGACAAGAACCGGUACCUACCCGUGGUGGGGCACACGGACGGCGCACUGUCGGUGCUCGAGUGGUGCUCGUCAAGGACUGUCUUCCAUACAGAGGCGCAUACCCCAGGCCCUGUCACCGCCAUCGCGUCCACCUGGAAUAGCAUCGUGUCUUCGGGCGGAGACCUGACUGUGAAGAUAUGGCGCGUCUUCCCCUACGCCGAGGAGAGCCUGAGCCUGCUGCGCACCAUCUCCUGCUGCCACCCAGCAGUGGCGCUCUGCGUGCUUGACAAGCGCGUCACGGUGGGCUUCGAGGCCCCUGCAACCGCCACCUAUGGCCUUGUGCAGUUAGGCCUGGAUGACCACCCGCGCUGUGACCACCGACCCCAGGACGACCCCACGGACCACAUCACUGGCCUGUGCUGCUGUCCCACGCUCAAGCUCUACGCGUCCUCCAGCCUGGACUGCACCGUCCGCAUCUGGACAGCUGAGAACCGCCUGCUGCGGCUCCUGCAGCUGAAUGGCGCCCCCCAGGCCCUGACCUUCUGCAGCAACAGUGGAGACCUGGUGUUGGCACUGGGCUCCCGCCUCUGCCUGGUGUCCCACAGGCUGUACCUCCCCACUUCCUACCUGGUUAAGAAGCUGUGCCAGAAGGCCCCUGAAGUGGUGGAUGACCCUCCGCUGCCACUGACCAGCCAGGAGUCGCUGACCUCCGCCCAGCUGCAGAGGCUUGCCAACCUGCAUGGAGUAGCCAGUCUCAGUUCAGCCUUGUCUUUCAUCCAUCAGCAAAAGGCAACAUCUCCGCAGCCAGUGUUGAAAGAGGACUUCGAAGCCCUAGCUGCCCGGGACCGAGACCUUCAGAGGCUGAGGCUGGGGCUGGUGGUCCCUGCAGUCCGGCCCCCACCGUCCUUGCAGCAGCGCCAGGAAGCUUUUGACAACUACCUGCGUCUGAUCUACGGGCCUAGCCUGGUGGGGGUGCAGCCUGGAAGGGCAUCCCACCAGUGGAGCUCCAUGACCCUCUCCAAGGAGAGAGAGGCCAGCACUCUGCCCACAGCUGCCCCCAGCCUCCAGUGGGCUAGGGUCUGCACAGAAGGACAGACAGUGUCAGCAGUCCAGCCCCCAAAGGACCUGGGGACCCUGCGCCAGCGAUUGGCCCGCCCUCCCCGGGUCGCCUUGCCCAUCCCACCUGCCUCCCGCAAGGUGCACAGCAGGGCAUCGCAGCUGCUGGCCCAGUCCUCACUCAGCUGCAACCUGGGCCUCAGCCUGGACCUGCAGCUGCAGGCAGAGCACCUCCGGGAGGGGGAGCAAGUGUCCCUGGAGCCAUCGUCCUCCCAUGAGCCGAAAAGGAUCCCGCUGAAGAGGCACCCCAAGGAGCUUCUCUCUAACCUCAAGGGCUUCUUUCCUGCCACUGUUGAGCCCCUAAACCAGUUCCGGCGGCAACCCGUCCCCAGGCGCCUCAUCUUCCCUGGCUUCCUGCCCAACUCGGUUGUGCUGCAGCACCUGUGGCUGCCAACAGACAUGGGUGGCCUCGGAGCCCUCGCCCAACUCUCCCCUGACCUCAACAGACCCAAGCCCGGACAGAGCCAGGACGACUUCUGGCUGUCGAGGGGCAGAAGGUAUACUGCCACGUGGCACCAAAAGCUCCUCGGCUGGCUAGGGGGGAAGGCCGGGGACGAAGAGGAGGAAGAGGAGGAGGUCGAGGAGCUGGACUGGCUCUCCGCCGCCUUGGGCCCGUGGAGUCCUCGCUCAGAAGAGCCGCUCGAGCCCUCGAUGCUGGAGCCGGAGGUUCAGAGCCCCGCGUACUUGACCUUAAAGCGCCGGGGCUCCCGCUACGCCCACACCUCGGCGGAAGUCUACGCACGCUCCCGGACCCGCCGCUCACCCUGGGAAGAGCACUACGCUCACCUGCCCAGGUUCCUGCGGUACUUCGUCGGCCAGAACUGGUUCAAAAAGCUGUUUCCCAUCUUCACCCUGGAGGCAUACCCCGAGGUGGGCACGGUGGAGGGCCUGGCCUCGCUGCUCCUGGACCUGCUGGAGGAUGCCUCCUGGGGGGACGGUGUGCACAUCCUGAACGCGUUGCUGAGGUUGCUGCCUGACACGAGCUGCGACCUCCGCAGCCGCCUUCAGGACAUCCUUGUGCGCUUGCUCAACCAGGACCAGCCCCCUAGCCUCCAGGACGGAACACAGAAGCAGUUCGUGAUGCUGGCGCUGCAGCUGCUCCUGGCCUGCUCCCUGGAGUCCAGGGAUGUGGUCCUGGAGCUUCUGUCCUAUUUCCUCUACUCACCAGCCAACUGCCAGCCGGAGCUCAAGAAGCUACUGAGUGCACUGGGCCUUCAGGAUCCGCAGGGCUUCCUGUUCAAGGAGAUGGUGACCUGGGCCCAGGGCUCAGAACGCGACUCCAAGGCCUUGCUGCGCAAUCGCUGCAGCCAGAAGCUGGAGGACAUGAUCCAGAACCUGCAGGUCUGGCUGGCGGUGAGGGAGGGGCGGAUGGAAACCUUGCGGCCAUCUGCAACCAGGUUGUCUGUGGAGCAGCCCAACUCUUCUGAGCCUUCGGGGCUGACGCUCCCCAAGGCGACCCUGACGCAGGCCUCGCAGGUCUCAGGGCCGGCAUCUCACGUCUUCCGGACGUCCUCGCGCGUCUCCGGGACCUACUCAAAUAUCUCUUGUGCUCCCUCGCGCGUCUCCGAGACGCCCUCGCUGAUGAUCUUGUCUUCCGGUCUGGACUUAGCCGCUCAGGAGUGGCAGGCGGAGCCGGUGCAGCUGAGCACCCGACGGACCCGGCGGACACUCUCGGACUCGCUGCAGGCCUUCUGCGUUGUGCCGGAGGCCUGCACGCGCUUCUCAGCGCCCGCGGCGCUGCAAGGCCUGCCACUGCCGCUGCCGCUGGAGCAGACCGACUGGUCGCGCUCGCAGCUGCUGGACCUGGGGUACAUCGAUAUGCUCAACUUCUUCUGCGAGCGGCAGCUGGAGCGGCACCAGAGCUCGCCGCUGGAGGAGGCGGAGCCUGAGCGCCCGAGCUCGCUCGUGCCCGUGCCCGUGCCCGUGCCCGUGCCCGUGCCCAGCACCGUGGUGCCGCAGCCCCUGGAUCGCCGGUACCAACCCAUACUCCGGCUUCAGGAGUCCAGGGUCCAGAUGGCUCGGGUGAACCUGAGUGGCCGGAAGCCGCGGUGGCCCUGUGUAGGCGGCCCUCUGCGUAUGAUCAAGCUGCCGCUGCCACGGGUGGAGCUGGAGCCUUUCCCCCCGAAUUGGCCCACGCCAGCCCGCCCGCUACCCCCGCUGCUCCUGCAGCCCGCGCUGCGGCGCUACUUUGUGCCAGAAGAUGCGGACCCUGACAGCUACAGCUGACCUCGGAGCAGACAGCAUGCACCUGGCCAAAGGGCUGGAAUAAAGUACAGAGGCCAGCCAGCAAACUAGAUGUCACCUUCCUCUUUAGGGGCGUCUGGAGCAGGCAGGGCAGUCUGCAGCUGUGGCCUGAACUCAGCGGGGGCCAGUCACGUGUGGAGGCUGGAGCUGGGGCAGUGGAGCCUGGGGUGUGGUCAGCUUCUGUAGUGGAACAAUGUUCCUGGUGGGGUGUAGCCCCCAAGGGCCUACCUGGUGUUCAGCCAGCUUGUAUCUGUCCGUUACUGGGUGCCAAGAUUUUGGGGGAAGGGCAGACUCUGGAGAAGGUUCUCUGUGCAAGCUUCUCCUGGAUGGUUGAGAGUUCGUCUUCCACAUCUGUCCCCCAGGCCCCCAGCCCGCCAACUGCACAAAGGCUCUUUCCACAGGGUGAGUGGCUCACCCCAGGGCCAGCCAGGGCCUUCUUUCCUGGAAGGGAGUCAGAAUAUGCUAGGCCCACCUGACAUUAAGAAAAAGGAAUUACACAUGCUAAAACCAAAAGAUGGUCUGCUCCAACUGGUGUCUCAUUCUUCAAAUUCUAAAAACAACAGGUGCUUUUAAAAAUACAAACAUGAGAAAGUAGGGAAGAAAAUUAAACAGGCCACAAAAAAGAAUUCACAAGAGAAAAUAUCAAUUUAUUAACACACGCUAAUAUACAGUUAUUUCUUUAAGAAAUCUGUUCAUCUCAGUAUAUCACAAAGAGAGUAAGCCACAGAGUGGGAGGAAGAUGUAACUGAAAAUGGCUCAUAUCCAGAAUAUACAAAGAACUACAAAUCAACAAUAAAAUCAGACAACCCAACAGAAAAAUGUACAAAAGACUAGAACGGAAAUUUCACAAAAGAAUUAGUCAAAAUAGCCUAUGUAUAUAUGUUACGUAAGCAGCUACCGUGAAUCAGAAUUGACUCAAUGGCAGCUUUUUUUUUAAUGUACACACAUAUAUGGAAAGUUUCUCAAUGUCACUGUAAUCAGAAAAAAGCAAACUAAAGCCAUGAUAUAUCCCCACGAUGUUCACCAGAUGGAGUAAGAAUUAAAAAUCUAACAAAAUGUGAGGAUGUGGAGACAGAAACACUAGGCUCUGCUGGUGGCAGCGAAACCCCUUGGGAGAACAACUGGGCACUUCCUAGGGAGCUGGACAUACACAGUCCCUGUGGCCCAGGGAUUCCACUCGAGAGGGGCAUGCUCAGGCCUCAGGCUACACAAAAAAACAUGUUGGUGGCAGCACUGUUCAAAACAGCGUGAAAUUGGGAAUGGCCCACAUGUAUGUCAUCCGAGGAACCCAUGGAUAAAUGGGGACAAAAGCACACAAUACAGCUGUGGUGAUGAAGCAGACAAAGCAGGGCCAUUUCCACAAUGUGCACGAACCCUAAACCCACGGUCGAGCAAAAGAACCUGCCGUAUGAUGCCACGCGUGGAGUUUGCUUCGUGUUUUUUAAAGCUGAAUUAUCCCGAAUGCAUACUUUGGUGGUAUCACUCUAAAGUAGGAAGUGUUUAUCUGAAAUUCAAGUUUAACUGGGGGUGUCCUGUAUUUUUUAGCAGCCUGAGAUAUAAUUCACGUACCAUGAAAUCCACCCAUCUGAGGCGUGCAAUUCAGUGGUUUUCGGUACGUUCGACAGUUGUGCAGCCAUCACCACCAUCUAAUUUUAGAAUAUUUCCAUCAUCCCAAAAAGAAACCCUGUACCCAUUAACAGUCAUUCCCCACCCCUCACCGUCCAGGCCUAGGCAACUAUUGAUCUUUCUGUCUAUGGAUUUGCCUAUUCUGAACGUUUCAUGUAAAUGGAUUUAUACAAUAGGGGGUCUUUUGUGUCCUGCUGCUUUCACCUUCCAUAAUGUUUUCGAGGUUUGUCUGCGUUGUAGCACGUAUUAGAACUUCAUUCAUUUUUAUGGCUGAAUAAUAUUCCAUUGGGGUCCCUGGGAGGCACAAACAGUUAAGCGCUUCACUACUAGCCAAAAGAUUGGCAGUUUGAACCCACCCAGAAGUGCCUAGGAAGACAGGCCUAGCAAUGUGCUUUCAAAAGAUCACAGAUUUGAAAACCCUACGAAGCAGCUCUACUCUGCGCUCAUGGGGUUAAAAUCGACCUACGAAAAUAAUAUUCCAUUGUAUCCAUGUGCCACGUUGUUUAUCCAUUUAUCAGUUGAUGGACGCUUGGGUUGUUUCUACUUUUUAGGUAUUAUGAAUACGCAGCCCUGAAUGUUUGUGUACAGGUUUUUGUUUGAACACCUGUUUUGAAUUCUCUUGGGUGUGUACCUAGGAGUGGAAUUGCAUGGUCAUAUGGUUAAUUCUAUGCUUAACUUUUUGAGGAAACUGUUUUCCACAGUGGCUGUAGCAUUUUACAUUCCCACCAGCAAUUUUUGAGGGUUCCAGUUUCUCUCCAUCCUCACCAACACUUUUUAUUGUCUGCCUUUUUUAUUAUACCCAUCCUAGCUAGGGUGCUUGGCACCCAUGUUUGCUACAUCCUACUUUUACAAGUUUUGCAAAACCACAGGGUCAUGUGAAAAUUUUGCUAGGGCUGCUCUCGGACUUUGGAAGGGACCCAUGGAAGUGAGGGCCCUGAAGCUUAAAUUUUAUUGUUAGUUGCUGUUGUUGUUAGGUGCCGUCAAGUUGGUUCCAACUCACAGCUACCCUAUAUACAACAAAAUAAAACACUGCCCAGUCCUGUGCCAUCCUUAGGAUUGUUGUUAUGCUUGAUUCCAUUGUGUCAUUCCAUCUCGUUGAGGGUCUUCCCCUUUUUCACUGACCCUCUACUCUACAGACAUGACGUCCUCCAGAGACUGAUCCCUCCUGACAACAUGUCCAAAGUAUGUGAGACAUAGUUUCAACAUCCUUGCUUCUAAGGAGCAUUCUGGUUGUACUUCUUCCAAGACAGGUUUGUUCAUUCUUUUGGAAGUCCACGAUAUAUUCAAUAUUCUUUGCCAGCACCACAAUUCAAAGGCAUCUAGUCUUCUUCAGUCUUCCUUAUUCAGCGUCCAGCUUUUGCAUGCAUAUGGGUGAUUGAAGACACCAUGGCUUCAGUCAGGCGCACCUUAGUCUUCAGGGUGACAUCUUUGCUUUUCAACACUUUAAAGAAAUCUUUUGCAGCAGAUUUGCCCAAUGCAAUAUGUCAUUUGAUUUCUUGACUGCUGCUUCCAUGGCUGUUGAUUGUGGAUCCAAGUAAAAUGAAAUCCUUGACAACUUCAAUCUUCACCAUUUAUCAUGAUGUUGCUCGAUGGUCCACUUGUGAGGAUUUUUGUUUUCUUUAUGUCGAGGUGUAAUCCAUACUGAAGGCUGUGGUCUUUGAUCUUCAUUAUUAAGUGCUUCAAGUCUUCUUCACUUUCAGCAAGCAAGGUUGUGUCAUCUGCAUAGCGCAGGUUCUUAAUGAGUCUUCCUCCAAUCCUGAUGCCCCGUUCUUCUUCAUAUAGUCCAGCUUCUGCUUAUUUGCUCAGCAUACAGACUGAAUAGGUAUGGUGAAGGGCUACAAAGUGACUCACACCUUUCCUGAUUUUAAACCAAUCAGUAUCCCCUUGUUCUGUUCCAGCAACUGCCUCUUGGUCUAUGUACAGCUUCCUCAUGAGCACAAUUAAGUAUUCUGGAAUUCCCAUUCUUCUCAAUGUUAUCCAUAAUUUGUUAUAAUCCAACAGUCAAAUGCCUUGGCAUAGUCAAUAAAAUACAGGCAAACAUCUUUCAGUGAAGAUCCACUGACAUCAGCAUUGAUAUCCCUGGUUCCACAUCCUCUUCUGAAUCUGGCUUGAAUUUUGAUGUACUGCUGCAACCCUUUUGAAUGAUCUUCAGCAAAAUGUUACUUGUGUGUGGUUUAAACACAAAAGAAAACAUUCUUUGAUGGUUAUAAGGAGGGGGAAGGAGGGAGAGGAGAAUUCAGUAAGUAAAUAGUAGACAACAAUUAGCUUAGGUGAAGGGAAGCACAACACACAAUACAGGGAAAGAAGUCAGCAAAACUGGAUUAAAGCCAAAGCUAAGAAGUUUCCUCAACACAGCCAAACACUUCAAGGGACAGAGUAGCAGGGGUGAGGGUCUGGGGACCAGGGUUUCUGGGGACAUCUGAGUCAAUUGACAUAGCAAAUUUUAUUCAGAAACUGUUCUGCAUACUACUUUGGUGAGUGGCGUCUGGGGUCUUAAAAGCUAGCGAGUGGCCAUCUAAGACACAUCAAUUGGUCCCAAACCACCUGGAGCAAAGGAGAAUGAAAAACACCAAAUACACAAGGAAAAUAUUAGCCCAAGAGACAAAAAGUGCCACAUAAGCCAGAGAUUCCAUCAGCCUGAGACCAGAACUAGAUGAUGCCUGGCUACCACCCUGACAGGGAACACAAGAGAAAGUCCCUGACGGAGCAGGAGAAAAGUAGGGUGCAGAACUCAAAUUCUAGUAAAAAAAAAAAAAAAAGAAAAACCAGACUUAAUGGUCUGAU